UAGAGAUGGUGGGGGUGGCGAUUUUCGUGAGUGUGAAAACGCAAGAUGGCUGAAGUUUUUACGUGACGGAGAGGCAAAGGAAUGAAGUGUUAUGAUGAUGAAGUGAUGUCAAGCCCGUCCCUUCGUCAUGAACCUUCGUCUCCAACUUGAAUGAUUUGGUGUGGUGUCUAACACAUCUGGUCGGGAUGGCCAACGAAGAUAAAACAGAGAGGGAUCCUCGGGGUGCCCUACUUGUAGUUCAGUCUAUGAUUGACAUUUCUGCUGACCGCUUGGAUGGUUUGAGGACACAAUGUGCGACAAGUGCAGAAUUAACGCAACAAGAAAUUCGAACUUUAGAGGGCAAGUUAGUAAAGCUCUAUUCAAAGCUACUUUUAAACAAAUCAUCCUUCAUAGAAAACGGUGCAUUGAGAGCAAAUGAAGUCAUUAAUAUACCUCCCUUGGACCAAUGGCUGAAAGUUGUUGGUUUGACGCCUGAUUCUAUCACGGGAUUAUGUAAACGUAUAAGUACUUUAGAAGACUUACAACUUAAAUCUGACAAUGAAUUGCGUGGUAUGCUUGUUGAGAGACAAGCUAGAGAAGAAGAUAUUCGCAGACUAAUUAGGUCACUUGAUAAUUUGAAAAGAUACAUUCAAGAUUUGAAAAUUCGAGGAGAUGAAGCCAAUGAUACUGAACCUCCAUUGUAUUGGGACUCUUGGGAGCAUCAAAGUCCUCAGCGUACACCUACUAGUGUAUCACCCAGGCACCUUCGUCAAAGAGCUACACGUGGAUCUGUGCCUUCUGAAGAUUGUUUCCCACACAACAACAACAAUUUUAGUUAUAGUCCAAGUCUUGGAGGGUCAACAAGCUCCUCAGUAAAUUCUCUGCCGCAACUGGGAAGUAGUACGCCAACCCACUUUCCUCCUCUCUCGCCCCCUGUUCUGCCCAUCUACCCGCCUUGUACACCUCCCUCAACUCCUCCAGUUAACAAAGGAAAAGGUGAAAAGCUACGAUUUCCCACAACACCACCUCCUAGGAGAAAGAUUCAUGGCAAUUCUAGUGCAUAUAAUCAUUCUCAUUCAAAUCAAAUUAGUCAAGACCAGCUUGUUCAAGAGCUGAAAAAUUUAGUAUGCCAGGAGAAUAGUGAUCAAGGAACUGCAAGGUAUCAGCCUCAAUAUAACCCUUUUCAACAACAUCACCCUCAAAAUCAACACCUGCAGCAGCAACAGCAACAUCAGCAUCAGCAACAUCAGCAUCAGCAACAUCAGCAUCAGCAACAACAGCAACAACAGCAUCAGCAACAGCAACAUCAGCAACAGCAACAUCAGCAACAGCAACAUCAGCAACAACAGCAGCAGCAACAUCAACAAUCACAACAACAAAUGCAGAGUGCUCUUGGUGAUGCUCAAACUCUAACCAAGUCCAAGUCUCAUGAAUUCCAAUUAGGAAACAGGGUAGAAGGAGCAGAGAGUAAUCAGAGCAGUGAUGCAGCUGGCACUGCUAAUGGUAAACCUUUUAGACGUGGUCGGCUCCCCACUGAACCAGGACCUAACUGUAGUGAUUAUGGCCAAACUUCUCCUCUCUUAUCUAGCCCUAUUAAAUCACCACCUUACAGUACAGCAGGCACUGACAGUGAUGACAACAGUGCAAAAUCAAGCCUCCAAGUUCCAAAAUCUCCUCGACCAGCUCCAGUCUUGACAAGAGGCAUGGCUCAUGAUAUUGCUCAUCGUUUCACUAAAACAUACAAGAUGAUUGCUAAUUGUGAUUAUUGUGAUAAGCAGAUGUUUAUGGGUUUGAAAUGCACUGAAUGCAAGUACAAAUGCCAUAAAGACUGCAAGUCUAAAGUGCCUCCAUCUUGUGGCCUACCAAGGGCACUUGUUGAAGCAUUCCGAGCAACACUUAAAUCAGAUGGCAUGGGCCCACCAAAUUCUAAUCAGUCCCCAAGCAUGAGAAGACCAUCUCCAAGUCAUUCUCUGAACAACAACUUCUUUAAUCGUAAGGAUCGCAAGCGAUCACACCCUCAGCCUUCAAUUCAAAUUCCACCAUUCCAGGGUCCAGAUUCAAGUUCCAACACUUCAAGCUGCAAUUCCUCUACACCAUCAUCACCAGCGAUGAUGCUACAGCAUGCAUCAUCAGCUGCCCCUACCACUAAGCAGAACUCAUUCCACUUCCCUGAAGUGACACUUCCUCGGGGAGUUACCUUGGAGACUCACCCUCUGACCGCACCUCCAGCUCUAGAGGAGAUUAUGGAAAAAGCACAAAAAGAAGGUGUUUCAAUGGACAGUGAUAAAACAUUAUCAGUAUCUGGUUCUGGAAGUAUUAGCACAGAUUCAGAACGAACACCUGUGCGUGUAGAUAGCCAAGAUAGCCAGGUGUCAGAUGGAGAGGCUACAGAUGGCAAAGGGUGGCCAAGACAGAAUAGUUUAUCAAUGCGGGAAUGGGAUAUUCCAUUUGAUGACUUAAACCUUGGAGACCCAUUGGGCACUGGUCACUUUGGCACAGUGUACAGAGGUAGUUGGUAUGGCGAUGUAGCCAUCAAAGUACUGAACAUGGACAAAAUGGAUGAUACAGACAUGGAGAAGACAUUGGAAGCCUUCAAGCUAGAGGUUGCAAUAUUCCGUAAGACCAGACAUGAAAAUUUAGUUCUGUUUAUGGGAGCUUGCAUGAAGCCUCCCAGAUUAGCCAUAGUUACAAGCAUGUGCAAAGGUCUGACUCUCUACACUCACAUUCACAUCCGCAAGGAUAAAUUUAACAUGAAUCGCACCACAAUGGUUGCUCAGCAGAUAUCUCAGGGUAUGGGAUAUCUCCAUGCCCGUGGUAUAAUUCACAAGGACCUCAAAAGCAAAAACAUAUUUCUUCAGAAUGGGAAGGUUGUAAUCACUGAUUUUGGGCUCUUCAGUGUAACCAAAUUGUGCUUUGGAAACAGGAAAGGAAAGGGCCUUAGUAUUCCUCGUGGCUGGUUAUGUUACCUUGCUCCUGAAAUUAUGUGCAGCCUAAAGGCUCAGCAAAACCAAUUGGAUGAUGAACUUCCAUUUUCAAAGGCUUCUGAUGUAUAUGCUUUUGGAACUGUAUGGUACGAGCUUUUGUGUGGGGAGUGGCCUUUCAAAGCUCAGCCCCCUGAGUCUAUAAUUUGGCAAGUUGGGAAAGGAAUGAAACAGACACUAGCUAACCUUCAAGCUAGCCGAGAUGUUAAGGCUCCUCUCUUUCCCAUCUCUCCCUCUCCUCUCCCCUCUCUUCGUCAAUUUGCGGAGAAGGGGAAGCCCAAGCAUCACGAUCGGCAUUAUCACCUUCCCAAAGAUACUAGUCAUAGUGCAUCAAGUGAGGCUAUACGCCCUCGCAACUCCCAGGUAACUUCAUUGCGCAAUUUGGCUGAACAAGGGAAGCCUAAAGGCCUGAAUGAGUGGCACCUAGACCAUCUCAACUUGGAAGAUAAUGAUGAUGAUAAUGGAUUGAGUUUAUCUGCUGAGGACAUUUUGAUGUCAUGCUGGUCAUACAAGCCUGGAGAUAGACCGGACUUCGUGCGGCUGCUGAACACUUUUGAGAAACUACCGAAAAAGAGACUAGUACGCAGUCCCUCUCACCCCAUCCAGUUAUCAAGAUCAGCUGAAUCGGUUUUCUGAGUGACACAGAGCCGGGCUAGAACCGGCUCAGUCGGAGGAGAUCAGCCUCUCUUCUACAACUCAAAGCUGUGGGACAAUGCUCCUCAGCAGGAAAUGGACCUCACUGGGAGCUACUCUUUAAAGAAGUGACUUUAAGAAUGUGUGAUUUCUUGCUCCUGUAGAUUGAGGCUUUAUGCCUUUUUCUUUUCUAGUCACAUUGUCAUUGAAUUUUAUGUCUUUACUGUUUGUGUGAUUGUGGUAAAACUUGUAUUAGCUCUAAAAUUUUGUGAGAUGGGAGACAGCAGUUACAUGUUGUUGUUUUUUUUAAACACAAAAGAUAAACAAAUUUUAAAUCCCAAUUCAUUUUGCUAGAAGAGUAUUACUUAAUUAACUAAUAUUAAUGGCAGAUUAACUCUGAAUACAGUUGUAAAGUAAACACCGCUAUUCUUUCAACCGACUUAACAUGGAUUUAAAAAAUAAUAACUGCUACUAUUUCAAUAUAAACGAUCUAUCAUGGUCGCUAAUGUUAGUCCAAAGGCUUACCUCUUUUAUUCUAUCUACUACUUGUAGUUAUCUACUGACGUCAAUACCCCAAUUACUAAACCAUGUCAAAAAGGAUGUUAAAAUCAGAGGAUGUAACAUUGACUAAGCUACCAAUUUCAAAGUAUUGAUUUGGUAAUUGAUUUAACUUCUGCAAAUAAUCACUUUGUAAAGUUCCUCACAACAGUCAAAUAGGUUCUUACGUCUUUUUCAAUGGGGUUUAUGUCUCUUCCUGCAAAGCGAACUAUUGGUACAUGUACACCAUAAUAUGUCAUACCAGUUGGGUUUUUUUCUCCUCUUUUUUUUUUUUGGUGUGUGUGUGUGUGUGUGUGUGUGUGUUAUGUAAAGUGUAUGAUAUACUUUUAUUAGAUUCAAAAAGUAUUCUGAAGAGUCCUUACAAUUACUUCAUCUUCACCAAUAUUUCAACUAAUAAUUAUCUGGUUAAUAUGUCAUGGAUGAAUGUGAGUACCGUAGUUUGAUCUCAAUCUCAAUUGUAGAUGAAUUUGUGAUUUGUGACUCUUAAGUAACGUAUACUUUAUUUGUACAUACGUCACUAUCUUGGUAGCCUAUGAAUUGAUGUUUUAAGUGCCUUUCAAAGAAAAUAUAGUAGAGAACUGCAUCAGCAAAGGAUUAUUAUGAAUAUGUAGCAUUUUUGAAAACGAAGAACACUGCAUUGUAACUUUAAACAGAGUGCUGUAAACUCUUUUCAAAGUGAAAAUUGAUAUCUUUUUAAGUAAUUAGAACAUGAAGACCACAGCACAAUUUGUGACGCUUUAAAGACUGUACAAACGUCUCUAAGCCAUUAUAUUUCAUUUUUCCCUUAAAAUGUUACGGAUUUCAAACAUUUCUUUUACAUACUAUGUCCCCUGCAGAUUCCUAUGUUUGGUUGCCAGAUUUUUUCCACCUGCAGUCUCUAGCAUAUUUCUUUUUGUUAUCUAUUUAUUUCUGUUAUACAGUGACUGAAAAAGAUGCUGUUGUAUGGCCAGCAAGAGCAAUCUUAUCAUUUCAAGCUCCUACUCUAAUUACAGUCUUUAAUUUAUUGCCUAAGGUUAUCCUUAAAAAGUAAUUGUGAUAAAACUUUUCAGUAAAAUUUUAAAUGUUCUGCUACCACUCCAUAAAUUGGAGAGAGCUGAGCACCGCUGACAUAAUGGUACCACAUAGACAAGUACUCUCAUUGUAGGUGUGUAUCAUUUAAUCUUGUACUUGGAAUGUGUGUUGUGUGUUUUCUUGUAUGUGCUAUGCCCAGCAAGAAUAACACAAUAAGUGAGGACGAGUUAGAACUAGCAAUAAAUUCUUAUGUAAUGUUUUAUAUCUUCCAUGUGGUUUAUGGGUAAUGAUUUAUCAGUGUCCACUUGUGUCCUUAAUUGUGCUUUCAUUUUUAAUCUUUGGACAUGUAUUCUGUUCUCUCAGAAAGAGCUAUUACAAAAUGUUCCUUACACAUUCUUUAUGCUGGAACAUAGCUUUGACAGAGAAGAAAAUCGCCCUUACAGUCGACAAAUUGUUGACCGUUUGGGAGCCUAGUUGUUUAUGUUUGUGUCACAUACAUUAUGGUAAGAACGGCAUGUUUUCUUGUCACUUUACCCAUCAUACCAUGGUUUCUUAUGGUUAAGGGAUUAGGUAACAAAAUGCUUUCAAGAGCACAGUACCCUUAAUUUCUAUGUCUAUGAAUCAGAGUAAUGUCUUGUUCAUUGAUUUGGAACUUUAUCUGUGAUAAUUUUUAAGUCCUUAUGUAUUAUAUUAUAUGAAAGUUAUUAAUCUUUUAGCAUUACAGCAAUUGAAGAUAACUUAGGGACUUUUUCUGUAAGCAGUCUUAAAGAUCAGGCAAAUGCAAUCACAAACUUAACUUUAUUGAUGCAGAAACUUAUGAUUAAGUAACCUGUACAAAAUUUGAAGAAAGUUUGUUCUGCACAUCUGGCAUCCAGCACUUGCCAAAGCUAGCACCUUUUGUUGUUUAAUCUCCUAUUUGCCCUUUUUUUAAUUUUUAUUUGUUUGUGAGGGGUUUUUGCUCAACCAAUACCUCCCACCAAGUAGGUAAAGCUCUAUCAAACUGUGUUCAGUUUGCUUAUUUUAAUGCUGUGUAUGGUACCUGUAAUAGAAGUAUUUCCAUUGUUUUUGUUUUUAUAUUGAUAUUUUGUGGAGAUAAUUAUGCUAGUCAGGAGAAAGUUGAUAGUCAGUCUAGGUUGGGAAAUUGUAAUCAUCUGUCACAUUGACUUGACACAAUGCCCCAAGCAUUGCCAAGAACAGUUAUCAGUCAGUGGAAAUUGCUGCUAAUCACUCAGUAUUUUGUUUCAGAAUUUAAGAUUUGGCACAAAAUUUACAAGGUUUUACAAACAACAAAAGUAAACAUUGUGUUGACACGAAUUUACGACACUGAGAAACUUUAAUUCUUUAUGGGUCCGUAAAGAGUGUCAUUGCCAACUUUUGAUUUGAAUUUUAGCUGUAAGGAGCAGUGCAUCCACAUACCAAUUACAGUGAUGAGGUGAAUGGGGUCUGCCUAAUUCAACAUUCCUCAGGAUGGAACUAUUCUUUGUAACACCCCUGUUGUUCGCAGCACUCUACAAGUUUCUGUUCUUUUUUUUUUUACUGUUUUCUUCAAUUUUUAUCUUACUUUAUGUGCAAUAUGUCUUUGUUCAAAAUUUUCUCAAUGAGACUUAAACAACUGCACUUACUAAUCCAAUCGCCAGUAUGCUAAAGUGCUCUAAAUCUUCGGACAUUUUUGAACCAGUUUUGUAUGUGCAACUGUUAUAAGUAUAGUUGGUUGGAACUUCUCUUCAAAGAAAUUCAUAAUCAUUUAUUUCCCCCCUAUACUUGAACUGCAAGAUGCUUAAAUGUAGAUGUCUGAAAUGUGUGUUAUAUUAAAAUUCUGCAACAUAUCCAGAGCACCUGUGAUGUGUAACAUACCUGUAGAAUUGUCUUUAAAACUUACCUGAAAAGACUUAAAUAUAUCUCUGUAGCUACAAAUUGUAGUCUUAUAUUCUUUCACAUUGUUUGACAGCAUGACUCCUUUGUCUCAGUUGUCCGGUUUCAAAUGUGAAUGAGCCAUUAUCGCUAUGAUCCAUGAGUUAAAAGUUUUGAGACUUAUGACCAUUAUUGAGCAAUAAGUUCCCUUUUAGGAAUGUUAGCUUUGUCCAUGUAGGUAUUUCAAAGUUGUGAAGUCUCUUUUCGGUCUUUAAGAAAGUAACUAAUAAGAUCUCCAGAAAUUGUUUGAAGCUAAACAUGAAAUAUUGAAGCAUCACUGAGCGAAUCUGAAAUUAAUCUUCAAAGGAUUGGGAUUGCAGUUUAAUUCCAAGAUGAACUGUUAAAAAGCUGUAAAUAAUGAGUAGAUUUGUUUUAAGAGUUUGACUUAUUUAUUGAUGACUGUACAUAAAUUGUAAAUAAUAACUGGCCAUAAAACUUGA